CUUCAACGCUGCCGGCUGCCAGGCCGCCAGUGGCGUACUACGCCUGCGCCGCCGCGCCGCCCCGUGACGUCACGGCGUCAGCGCCGCCGCCGCCGCUGCCGCGGUCGUACGAGUCUCUUGCUAAUAUCCUGGGCGAUAGCUGGUGUUCACAAGGAUUGUCCUCAGUCAUGGCCUUGGGAUUAAGGUGCUUCCGUUUGGCCCACCCUCCUGUUUGCAACGCCCUUGCAGCCUUGACCAGACCUGUUUCAGAAGUUAUGCUGAAGACAGUGAAUGGAAGACAAAAUAACCACAGGCAAUCCAUGGCCUAUCCAGCUGUACCAACCCGUCAUUUCGCUACCAAGAAAGCCAAAGCCAAAGGGAAAGGACAGUCCCAAACGAGAGUGACUCUUAACACUGCCUUGGUUGAAGAUAUAAUCAGCUUGGACGAGGUGGAAGAAGAAAUGAAGUCUGUGAUGGAAGCACUGAAGGAUAAUUUCAAUAAGACUGUAAAUAUAAGGACCUCACCAGGAUCCCUUGAUCAUAUCACUGUGGUAACUGCUGAUGGGAAGCUAGCUUUAAACCAGAUUGGCCAGAUCUCCAUGAAGUCGCCACAGCUGAUUCUGGUGAACAUGGCCAGCUUCCCAGAGUGUACAGCUGCAGCUAUCAAGGCUAUAAGAGAAAGUGGAAUGAAUCUGAACCCAGAAGUGGAAGGGACGCUAAUUCGGGUACCCAUUCCCAAAGUCACCAGGGAGCACAGGGAAAUGCUCGUGAAACUGGCCAAACAGAACACCAAUAAAGCCAAAGAGUCUUUACGGAAGGUUCGUACCAGCGCAAUGAAUAAGCUGAAGAAAUCAAAGGACAAGGCUUCGGAGGACACCAUUCGGCUCAUAGAAAAACAGAUCAGCCAAAUGGCCGAAGACACAGUUGCAGAGCUGGACAGGCAUCUGGCAGUGAAGACCAAAGAACUCCUUGGAUGAAAGUCCACCAGACCCAGCAGUUCUUCAGAGCCCAGUUUCUGGUAGAUCCCCCGGGUGGUGAACUGACAACUGUCACGCGUCCACACAGAAGGCUGUCACCGUGUACUUGUCCAUCCUUAAGAGGCCCAGCCUUCCAGUGGGACACUCGGAGCGUUUCAUCCUCUUCCUCCUGUGCCCUGUCCACCCCAUCUGCUCUGGGCCUUCUGGCAUGAGUGGCUCUCGGAGAAUAUCUGUUGCUGACAGAGGGCCUUUACUUGGGCAUUUGCCUGAGAUGUUGCCAAAUGACUAGGACCACUGGCAGGCUUAGCACCAAUUGCGCCUCAUGUCAGGGGCCUCCUUUUGAAACAAUUAGUCGUGCCCUGUCCCCAACUUUAAACUUUGCUUAGGCUGAUGUGGGCCUUCACCUGUGACUGGAUAACUUUGCUCGAGGCCCAUUUUCACCAAACAAUAAAAUUGAAAGGAUUGGAAAGAAUAAUACCACAAAGGAAACAGUAGAAUCGGUCUGGAUGAAUGCUCCCUGAGGACCUGUGUAUAAAGCAGCCAGAACAAUA